AUGGGUGAAUCAAGGACUGAGUUGCUUGCUUGGUUGAAUGACCUCUUGCAAUUGAACUAUACCAAGGUUGAACAGGCCGGCACUGGUGGCGCCUAUUGUCAGAUUAUGGACUCCAUCUAUGGCGAUGUCCAUAUGAGCAAGGUCAAGUUUGAUACCAAACACGAAUACGAAUACGUUGGCAACUACAAGGUGCUUCAACACACGUUCAACAAGCACAAGAUCGACAAGGUUGUACCUGUAGACAAGUUGAUGAAGUGCAAGUUCCAAGACAAUCUCGAAUUCAUGCAAUGGAUCAAGCGUUAUUGGGAUCAAAAUUUUGCUGGUGGUGCUUAUGAUGCUAUUGGUCGUCGUAAGGGUGGUGGUGGCGCUCGAUCAGCUGGUGGUAUGCGUGCCGCUGGUGCAUCUGCUGGUGUGCGACGGACGGCUGCUGCUGGAGGAGUUCGUAGCACAAGUCGUACUACAGGACGUGUAUCUGCCAACAGCGCAAGCGCUGGUGCUAUGGACAACCACUCCCAAUCCGUUAUUAUCGAGCUCAACAAGCAAAUCUCGGAACUCAAGAUGACCGUGGAUGGCCUUGAAAAGGAACGGGACUUUUAUUUUGGCAAGUUGCGAGAUAUUGAGAUUCUUGUACAAGAAGAGCUCGAUGCUGCCGAACAGCACCCUGAGGAGCAUGUCGAGUUGCCGAUUAUGAAGGAUAUUCAAACGAUUCUUUACAGCACUGAGGAGGGCUUUGAAGUACCCCCAGAGGACGACAUACCCGGUGGUCACCAUGAUGAAUACGAUGAUGAGACCUUUUAA